UGUAGCUUUAGAGGGUAUGGAAUGUAUUGUAUUUCAUUGACAAAGUAAAGUGAAGAAAAGGCGUUCUACUAUCAAAUUCCCCAACAGGUGAUGAGAUUCGAUGAAUGCCUCCUUCUUCUGACUGCGAUUGUAUCCACAGUGCGAUGUCUGCCGCUAGGUGUCGCACUUUACAAGGAGGCAGAUCUAAACGUCAUAGACAAAUUACGAAAAGAGAUAUCAGUCUGGUCUCAAAAGUCGACAUCUCAAGGAAAUGAUACCACCAAGUCUAUCAACAUUGACGACGUUAUCUACUGGCAAAGAGGUCCUGACAGUUAUGAAGUAACUUUUAAUGGUUUUCGGAGUCCGGUCACCAUCCGUCGGUCCCUCAGAUCCUCUGUAGCUGAGCCUUGGCCAAAACCACGCGUGUUCAAGCCGACGAGAAACUUUUACAGAAUGUAUCCCCAAAAUUUCACCAUUGUGGUCAAGUCACAUUCUUGUGACAUCAUAGAUGACGCCAUUCUUCGCUAUAACAAAAUAAUUUUCGAAGAUUCGAUUGAGGUUUCAGAGGAAAAUUAUUUCAACGCACCAAAAUCGAAAAUCAAGAAUGAAAUGAGUCAUGAAAACUUGUUGUACUUUCUGGACACACCUUCCGUACCUCAUGUGCACAUACGCGUGAAAAAAGAGUGCACGGAAUAUCCUAACGCCACAUCAGAUGAGUCAUAUUUACUGACGGUGACCCCUACUGGUGUCAAAUUGGAUGCAAAUGAGGUGUGGGGUGUGAUUAGGGGUCUAGAGACCUUGAGUCAACUAGUGGUCACUAAUGCCGGACAGUUUUACAUCCAUGAGGCUGUAAUACGAGAUGCUCCCAGGUUUAAGUAUAGGGGGUUUCUUCUGGACACUGCCAGACACUUCAUCACGAAACAGGUCAUACUAGACGUGCUGGAAGGCAUGGCCCAAAACAAGAUGAAUGUACUACAUUGGCAUAUGGUAGACGACCAGUCUUUUCCCUAUAAAAGUGAUAUUUAUCCAGAUCUCAGCAAAAAAGGUGCCUACCAUUCAAGCAUGGUUUACACUCGGAAUGACAUUGCUGAUAUCAUCGAAUUCGCACGGCUUCGAGGGAUUCGUGUGAUACCAGAAUUCGAUACUCCAGGGCAUACAUAUUCGUGGGGGUUUGCCGACCCUGAUCUGUUGACUCAAUGUUACCCUGGUAAAGAGGAGACUGUACCUGGUUUCCUGGGCCCCAUGGAUCCCUCAAACGAACACGUGUUUACGUUUCUGGCCCAGUUCUUCAAGGAGGUACUGACAGUGUUUAAGGAUCCUUACAUUCACCUUGGCAACGACGAGGUAUUCACGGAAUGUUGGGCAUCGAAUCCUAAGGUUAUAGGGCUAUUCCAAAAACUUUAUUUUGAGAAAGGAAUGGAGGAAAUUAAGACUGCACACAGUACAGACAACUCAACAUUACAGGUUGAUAUACGACUACUAAACAGGGGUUUGCGCACUAUGUCAGAAGAAGAGCAGGACAAAGUGUUACCAAAAUAUGUUUGGGACUAUUAUGUUAAAAGAUUGCGAGAAAUGUUCAAAAAGUUGGAAGAAUUUAGACAAGAAAAGAUGGAGUUCAUUAUGUGGGAAGAUGCCCUUCGUGAAAACAUUUCGAUUCCAAAGGACACCAUUAUCCAGGUAUGGCGGACAGACAACUACCUAAGGAGGGUGUUGUUAGAAGGAUUCCGAGUUAUAUAUUCUUACUGCUGGUACCUAGACCGAAUAGAUCCCGGCGUCCACUGGCGCAAGUUCUACCAGUGUGACCCUUACGAUGGUGGCCGCUACGCGAAUGACAAGGCCAUACUUGGAGGAGAAGUAUGCAUGUGGGGAGAAUACAUGUCAAGCGAGAUGUUGAUGAAGUGGCUUUGGCCUCGCGGUUCUGCAGCAGCAGAGCGACUUUGGAGCAGACGAGAGGAUACCUUGGAUUUGUUUGACGCCGCCAGACGAUUAGCAGAGCAGAGGUGUCGCAUGUUAAGGAGAGGCCUUGAUCCCGGGUUUGCCAACGGACCUGAAUUUUGUCUGAGGAAGAAUGUCAGCAGACGCAAAUCACAUUCCCGAAACCAUGUGACAGAUCUGUCAGCCAAUCACAACUCUGUGUUCCAAUACCCAAUCAUCGACAAGAAACAGACAGUACCAUGUGAAUCAGACAAAGAGGUUUUGUUCCUGUCCUUCAUGACUCCAGUGUCCGUCUUCGUUGUGAUAUUCCUAAUAUGUUUGCAUAGAAAGAGACGAAUGUUACGGUGCUGACGAUGCUGAACUUGUUAUUUGGAUUGGGACUACAAUUCUAUAAAUGUUAUAACUGUUAUUUAUGAAAUAUUUAUAUGUAUAGAUACAUUAAUGUAAAAAUCGCAUGGCUUGAUAAUAAUUUUGUUUUUGAUAAAC